GUCAAUAUGUUCAAUAUGAGGUUGCAGUCUGAAAUGAUGGCAGUUAUCCGUAAUAAGAUGGUACGGCGGGCAGCAGCAACAACUCGGCACAUCCCGGUGAUCUUGGUGAUUAUGAUUUCCCUACAGAAUGCCGCUGCACAGGACGGGUCGAAGCCAGCCAGCAUCCUGAUUAACAUCGAGCAGCCACUGACCGCAGGCCUCGGCUACGAGAUCACGUGCCGCGCUGUGGACGGGGAGACACCGCCAGACAUCUUCUGGUGGCUCGGUGAUCGGAAGCUGCACAACAGUAUAGAGCGCACACUGGUAACUGAAGAUGGGAACGAGACUGUAUCAAUACUGUUGCUGACGCCGUCACCGGAUGACAAUGGGCAAACCCUCAAGUGUCAAGCCAAGGGCGCACGUGGUGUGCAGGAGAAAUCAGUGGAACUUCUUGUCCAUUAUCCCCCGAUUGUCGCUCUGUAUAUGGAUCGUCCUCCGCGUCCCGACGGCAUACGCGAAUGGGACAACAUCACUUUGAAGUGUUAUACACAGUCAAAUCCGCCCACGUGGAGUGUGAAAUGGAUGUUACAGGGCCACCCGUUGAAGGAGAUCACUUCCAGUGGGCCACUCAACCACGAGUAUAGUCUGAGACUGAACGACAUCAACCGCACACAGGCUGGCAAUUACACCUGCAUCGUUUCCAAUGCAAUAGGGGACACUGAGAGCUCUCCGUUGCGGGUGACCGUUAAGUACAGACCAGUUUGCCGGUUGCAGCAUCCUAUGGUUUACGCCGUAGCCCUUGGUGAUGAUGUAGAGUUGGACUGCGCAGCGGACGCCGUCCCACCAGCGACCAGCUACCACUGGAUGUUCAGCCAAUCGAUGAUGGAUGCGGGGCCCUACAUAUGGCACCUGAGGGGUCCCAGCGGGGAGAUGAUAUCAUAUGUAGAGUGGGCGAGUGGGGUGUCGUGGCGAAACCACCAGCCUACGAAGGACACGGAAUACGGCACCUUCUUCUGCACGGCAAAAAACACCAUUGGAGAGCAGCUGGACCCGUGUGUCUUUCAUGUGGUUCCACCAGGAUUGCCAGACGCUCCAUCCAACUGCUCCGUUUUGAACGAGACGACUGACUCUUUCGCGGUACAGUGCUCCAACUCAACUGACCUGGGAUUCCGCCAGAGCUACCAGCUAGAAGUCUUCGAUGUCAAAUCAGGCAACUUAAUGUUCAAUAAAACGCAGAAGUCGCCAGUCUUCCUAGUGGACGACAUCGAACCUAACCAAGACAUCACGAUGCGCAUCGCAGCUAUCAGCCCCAGGGGUCGCAGCGGAUGGACCAGGAUGAACAUCUUUAGAGUCCCGUGACACAAGAGAUGUGGAAGUGAGGAUAACCUGGAGAGAAAGAAGCAGACAUCUUAGGACAUGGAGUCGUACUCACAUCGGGCACCUGUUGUGUCUUGCACCUUCCUAGGCGCCACCAUCGCGAAUACACAACAACAUUUAUCGCUGCACUACCUCUGGUACCAGUGUAACUUCCAAUACUUGAUUCCUAUACGUCAAAAGGACGCCAUGUUGGUUGAAGCAUUAUUAUAUUUCAAUGCUAGUUAUACACUUACUGAGUAAGAUAUAAAUACCACUUUUUGUAAAAAAUCCUAAAAACAGUUCCAAUAAUUAGAAAUAUGAAAUAUCAA